ACUUCUUCGCUUCGUUAUGGGUCUGAACUAGGAUUGUCAUCGCAAGGAUCGACGGCAUUGUCCUCGCGUAGAGGACAUGCUCGUGCUGAUCUUGGAACCGCGCCAAGUCAUCAUAGGACUGUCCGUAUCGAAGGACUUGAGGAUGAUCUGGCAGACGACAACAAUCAGCCCCGUAUGUACAUCUGGGGAACGAGAAUCUGCGUAGUUGACGUGCAGAGGAUGUAA